AUGGAAUCGAUUGUUGACGCGAUCCUGUUCAGCUUCAUCGAUCCACCAAAUGUCAAAAUAACAUGUCCAAGGUGGCUUAAGGUUUGUUUUGGAACUCGCAGUAAGGAAAUAUUACAAAAAUUUCUAUUACAAAAAAUACGUAUUACAAAAAUUUCUUCAGUCCUCUUUCCCAUCUUACUAUGCUUUUCCUCGUUUUCUUUGUUUUCUUCCCUUCUUCAUAUUUUCUCUUCAACCUUUAAUAUAUGUAAAAUUGAACAAUCAACAGUGACAAGAUUGUUUCGGUCCAUUAAGUCAUAUACAUUCCUAUGCAGUAUCACAAUUGGGCUUUAUCAGUGUGACGACUGUGAUUUUGAUUAA